UCAGUCAGGAUGGAGCUCAGUCAACUUCCUCUUGUGCUCUAUUUUACCACACCAACUCUGACUGUGCUGCCAAAGAGUUCAAGAGUUCAUGCCAAAGUGAGCAUCAAACCUGAUCAACAUGUUUACAGAGGAGACACAGUCACUCUCAGAUGUGACAUCGAUGGUGGAGGAGUCACUAGCUGGCAGUACAGCUGGUAUAAAGACAGUUCAGUCUAUGCUUUCAGUGAACUACAGGAACACACAUUCAGUCAUGUUACUGAGUCUGAAGCAGGUAAAUACUCCUGUUAUGGAGCAGAGAGAGGAGGAUCACGAACAUCAAACAUCAGUGAUGCAGUUACACUGGCAGUAUCAGAUAGACCCCAGGCAGUUUUAAAUGUUUCUCCACAGAAGUGGUUGACUGAAGGAGAUCCAGUGACUCUGAUUUGUGAGGUUUAUGGCUCCUUUACAGGCUGGACAUUCAGCUGGUACACUCUAACUGCUUCAUCAGAAAGCAGCAAUCAUUAUCAGCUGCUCUCAGACAGCAGCAGAGGAGCUGGAGGAAACUACACUGUCAGUUCUGCUGCUCUAAAUCACACAGGAGUUUAUGUGUGCAGAGCAGAGAGAGGAAAAACAGCCUAUAAAACAACCUACAGCAACAAACAACCACUGUGGGUCACAGGUAUUUCUCCUUCAGUGUCUCUGAUCAUCAGUCCCAGCAGAACUCAACACUUCACAUCUGUCUCUCUCUCUCUGAGCUGUGAGGACCAGAGUAACUCUGAUAGAUGGAGAGUGAGAAGAUACACAGACAAUGAGCAGCUGGAAGAUUGUUCAUCAUCACUGUGGGGAUCACAAACAGGAUAUACAUGUACAAUCAGCUCCACUAUCUCAUCACACACUGGAGUGUACUGGUGUCAGACUGAAUCUGGAGAGAACUACCAUCCUGUUAAUAUCACUGUACACCCUGGUGUGAUUCUGGAGAGUCCUGCUCAUCCUGUGACUGAAGGAGAAACUCUGACGCUACACUGUUUAUAUAAAUAUUCAACCCCACCAAACCUCAGAGCUGAUUUCUAUAAAAAUGAAUCACUCAUGCAGAGUCAAACUACAGAGAUGAUCAUCUCUACUGUCUCAAAGUCACAUGAGGGUUUCUACUACUGCAAACACCCAGAGAGAGGAGAGUCACCCAAGAGCUGGGUCUCAGUCAGAGCUUCCUCCAGAACAUCAAGAUCUGGUCACCUCUGUCUCAUGAUAACUGGAGUGACUGUUACAUUUUUGAUCAUUGUCUUCUUGGUCCAGCUGUGGCGCUACAAAAACAACAAAGCUGGAAGAUCUCAGUGUCCCUCUAGUGUCAGUCAACAGCAGAACAGCAGUCAGACAUCGGAGCAGAACCAGAGUGAAGCAGGAAACAACACACUGCUGUCGGACAGCGUAAGUGGGCCUGCUGAACUCACCUAUGCUGACAUUGAACUCAAAUCUACAAAGAAACAGAAGAAAAAUAAAGAAAACAAAGGUGUUGGAUCUAGUGAUGUGACGUACGCUCAGAUUAAAUUAAUGCCUGAGAAAAUUUCAAUCCCAGGACACUGAUGAGUUUAGGUUGAGAAGGGCUGGAGAAUAACCAGGAUCAUCAAUGCUUCAUCUUCUUUGCGAUACUGAGCAAUUGGUGGCAAUAGAUUUAUCAGUACUAAAUAUUAGUGAUGCAGUUCUUCAUGUGGGAUUAGAGACUAUGCAUGAUAAUCUUUGAAAAUACAAUUGAGCUGAUGAGCUGAUAAAAAAACAAAAAAAAAAAAACAGGAAAAUUUAUAUAUUUUUCAUUCGACAAACUUUUUAUAUUUGACAAAUGGGAUAUUCCGCUUAAAGCUUGGUUGUUAACAUUUAUAUAUCAUAUCAUUUAUUUAAACCUAAUUAUUUGAUUAUUAUUAUGUUAAUAUGAUAUCUGCCUGACCUCACUGCCCUAUAUGCAAUGAGUUUAUAUGCAGUGUUUGUGUAUUAUACAGCAUAUAUAUUACCUUUUGGAUGUUUCUGUUGUGAUUAGACCGGUUGGAUUUAGAAAAGUUCGUUAAAUUGACACUCUAAAUUUACUUUGAGCAUCAAGAAACAAACUUGCAUCUGUAACCGUGUGUAUAUAUUGGCCAUGUGUAGAAUAAAAAAAAUGAUUUAA